UAGGCCGAGCCCACGAGAAGAACGAUUGAACAAGAAUUUGCAAAUUCCUUGGGUGGUCUGGAUCACGAGUUUUCCAUCUGCAGUUAUUUUCGUAAAAAAUCGCAGAAGAGGAGAGGGAGCUUAUUGAAUCUGGACAUCUCCAAGUACCGAUUGCCGGUAGGCGCUGUAAUAGUAGAAGACAAAUCCUAGUGAUCAAUCUUCUAAAGUUGGUAAGAAGGUUCUGGGGAAGUGAUUGUUUUGGUGACGAUGAUGAAUGCUUUGGUGACUUUCUUCGUGACCUUGAUAGCCGUAGCUGAUAUUCAAUCUGCUUUGGCUUUGCCGUCAACUGUGCCAGCAUUUUUGUGGUCUCCUCACCACGAUGAGUUUUCAAGUAAAGGAAUCAAGGAUGCUGUUAACUAUCAGACAAUCUUCCCGAAGGAUCUGGCAAAGUCUGUUCUGUCAGAAGGGGGCUGGGCAAAUUUACUGUGUUCGGAAAAGAAAAUUCAGCACCAUAUGGAUGUGGCGCUUGUUUUUGUUGGCAGGGAGUUGCUAUCCUCAGACAUCUCUGCAAACAAAUAUGCAGACACAGCUCUUUUGGACCUGCUCAAGGUCUCUUAUACAAGGUCAAAUUUCUCCAUGGCAUUUCCAUAUGUUGCUACAUCGGAGGAGCAGACAAUGGAAAAUAUUUUGUUCUCUGGGUUUAUGGAGACUUGUGGGUGGGACUCAGCAAUCAGUAAGGUUGCUUUUUCAGAGUCAUGCUCUGUAGAUGGCGAAAACCUCCAAAAGCUUGCGGAUCCUGACUCAGUUCAUGACUUUCUGGUUUCAAAUGUGGAAAAGAGACCUAGUGGGCAAGCAAACCUGGUGGUGUUCUGUCAUGGAGGCUCACGCUCUGGGCAAGUACACAGUCCGGCAAAAGCUGAAAGUGAAAUUUUCUCUGAGGUUAUCAGUUCCGUGGAGCAGUCUGGGGCACAAUAUGCUGUCCUUUAUGUUUCGGAUCCCUUGAGGUCAAUCCAGUAUCCUACCUAUCGGGAACUAGAAAGGUUUCUUGCAGAAGGUGUGCAAGGAAAUGGACCACUUGAUUCAAAAAUUUGUGAUGAAGUUUGCAAGAUUAAGUCAUCACUUUUGGAGGGACUUUUGGUGGCGAUUGUUUUACUUAUCAUACUAAUAUCAGGCCUUUGCUGUAUGAUGGGCAUUGAAACUCCAACAAGAUUUGAGGCACCCCAAGAGUCUUGAAUGGUUGGUUGUGAAAGAUACUACCUUCAUGUUAUUGCAGAGUUCUAUCCCAAGCACUCAAUUAUAAAGAUUGGCUGUUGUGUACCUUCUUUGCGCAGGGAUGUUAACAUUUAAUAUUCAUUUGUUCACUUGUUGAGGGUAUUUGGUCGCCAGGAAAAAGAAAAGAAAGAGACGAAACACUUGGUAUGGGUGUUCUCUGCUGGGAAUAAUGAAGUUAUGACUUGUUUCUAUAAAGUUAUGUAUCUAUCUUCCGGUCCAUGUAUCCAUAAUUCACUUUUGAAUAGGAUUAAAGCUAGAAGUUUGAUGAAUAUUGAUGUCAUAUUUUCCUUGAAUUAGUGGAGCUGGGUGUUUUUCUUUU